CGCCCCCUCCUCGGAUGCCGGCGGAGGCGGCGGUUUGCUUCCAAGCAUGCCCUUCCAGAAGCACGUCUACUAUCCGCUGGCCAGCGGCGGCCUGGAGGGCCCCGACGCCCCCGCAGCUGCCUCGGGCGCGCGCUCCGCGAUGGCCAGUGGCCCCUACAGCGCGGCGUCGGGCCCCCUGCCCUUCUUCCAGUUCCGGCCGCGGCUGGAGAGCGUGGACUGGCGGCGGCUGAGCGCCAUCGACGUGGACAAGGUGGCGGGGGCGGUGGACGUGCUGACGCUGCAGGAGAACAUCAUGAACAUCACCUUCUGCAAGCUGGAGGACGAGAAGUGCCCGCACUGCCAGUCGGGGGUGGACCCGGUGCUGCUGAAGCUCAUCCGCCUGGCGCAGCUCACCAUCGAGUACCUGCUGCACUCCCAGGAGUUCCUCACGUCGCAGCUGCGCGGCCUGGAGGAGCGCCUGCGCCUGAGCGUGGCCGAGAGCGAGCAGAGCCAGAAGCUCCUCGCCAAGCAGGCUGGGGAGAUGAAGCUGCUCAAGGAAGAGUGUAAACGCAGGAAAAAGAUGAUCUCGACCCAGCAGCUGAUGAUCGAGGCCAAAGCCAGCUAUUACCAGUGCCAUUUCUGUGACAAGGCCUUUAUGAACCAAGCUUUCCUACAAAGUCACAUUCAGCGGCGCCACCCCGAAGAUUCUCACCUCGAGUAUAAGAAAAAGGCACAGACUGAUAAGCUCCAGAGUGAGAUUGACAUGCUCAAGGAGCAGCUGCAGCUCACCAGGUCUCAGCUGGAGGCUGCCCAGCACGCCCACGCCGUCAGGUUCUCCAAGGAAUAUGAAAUGCAAAAAACAAAAGAGGAAGAAUUUCUCAAGUUAUUUGAUAGAUGGAAGGAAGAAGAAAAGGAGAAACUGGUUGGUGAAAUGGAAAAAGUCAAGGAAAUGUUUAUGAAGGAGUUUAAAGAAUUGACUUCCAAGAAUUCAGCAUUAGAAUAUCAACUGUCAGAAAUCCAGAAGUCUAACAUGCAGAUCAAGUCCAACAUUGGCACGUUAAAGGACGCCCAUGAAUUUAAAGAAGAACGCCCUCAGUAUCCCCAAGAUUUCCAAAAUGUGAUGCAGUUUCUUGACAGUCAGGAAAGCAAGUGGACCGCGCGAGUUCAAGCUCUUCAUCAAGAACACAAGAAAGAGAAGGGUCGGCUCUUGUCACAUAUAGAGAAACUUCGGACCUCCAUGAUAGAUGAUCUCAAUGCAAGUAAUGUUUUCUACAAGAAAAGGAUAGAAGAGCUAGGGCAGAGACUCCAGGAACAGAACGAACUGAUUAUCACACAGAGACAACAGAUUAAAGAGUUUACCAGUAAACCAUUAAACAGCGUCAGUGAGCCCAAAGGGAAUCCUGUAAUCUGGCAAACUUUCGAAUCUAAGCCAACUGCCCCAGCUGUACCUAUGAGUGCCUCACCCGUACAGACUGUGGAUACUAAAUCAGGUCUCACAGUGGCCCACGAGCAGGCAUUCUCAUCGCACAUACUGGAAACCAUAGAAGAGCUUUCAGAGGAAGAAAAAGGAAGGGAGAACGAACAGAAAUUAAAUCACAGCAAGGUCCACCUAAGGAAAGCUUUGAAGAGUAACCCCUCCCUCACCAAGGAAAUAAGGAGCGUCUUGGAGCAGAGUUUGCUAGAGAAGCUGGAAACCUUGGGGAUUAAUGCAGAUAUACGUGGAAUUCCAAGCGAUCACUUCAGCAGGGUGCUAAGAACUGUGGAAUCAGCAAGACACGAACGAGAGAGACAUAUACCCAACAUUCAGCAAAUUCGAGACUUCCUUGAACAUGAGGUCAGCUGUAAAAUUGAGGAAAGAACCUUACUGACCUCGGGUAAGCCCUACGUUCCUCAAGUGGAUACCCUUUCCAAUGGAGAGAUACCCAAGGCUGUGCAGCUUCCUCCCAGAAGCAGACAGCUGAUAAGACAAAGACCUGUUUUUACCGAUAGGACGUCUGUCCCAAAAAUUAAGAAAAAUAUCAUAGAAGAUCAUUUUCCCAGAAAGACUUCAACUAUUACGACCCCUCCGUUCAGUUCGGAGGAAGAGCUAGAUGGUGAUGACGUCCUCCAGGCGUGUGCAUCCCCGGACUUGCUUCCUGCGCCGUCCUCCAAAAGCAACAGGUGUAGCUUUGGGAAGAACACGGUCAGAAGCGACACGGACUGGACCGAGGGAAGUGAAAUCGAGGACUCCGAUGUUUCUCCCAAGCCCGCAGGAACCGCCAUUAAAACACUAACCAAAAAAGUUGAAAAGACGGUUUCAAAUCACAGAAAUGUGAAUAAGCCAGCGGGUGGGAUUAACGUUGCUGAGGCGUUCAUCAAAAAAGAGUUAAAAGAAGAACUAAAGUGCGCGGACGUGGAUGAUGACGACUGGGACCUGUCAUCCUCAGAGGAGGAAGGAUCUCUGGGCAAGAAAACCGGGAGAGAACGGAAGGAACCUCUCCUUGUGAAGAAUGAGGCAAAUUCAACUCAAGUGCCAAGUGCCUGGGGCACAUCUAAUCUGAAGGGGCCACAUGCAGAAGGACUUCAAGACGAAUCCAGCACCCUGAAAAGCAGCUUAGUGACGGUGACUGACUGGAGCGACUCUUCAGAUGUGUAACCACCGCCUCAGGGGGGUCAAGGUGAAGACACGGGCAGGUUUCCAGCGACCUGCCCACAAGACCCCCACCCCCCGCUCCUGCCUUACAGUAUUUCCCACGAGAACACCGAAGCUGAUUCCAAGAACAAGGAUCUCUUUAACAGCACCUAAUUCAGUAUCAGAAAACAAAAAUUGUCAACAGUAUUUUGAAGCAUAUAGAGGUGUUUGACUUCUGCUGCUUAAAAUUAAUAUGUCAUUUGAAGUCAUAAAAAGUUUUUUCUUCAGAACGGUACUCUAGUGUUUAAGUGUAUUUUUUCAACUAAUUUUUAAGUGAAUUUUUUUAAACUUAUAGCAGGUUUCAGUUUGAAUUAAAACUUUUUUUUUAAUAUAUCUUAUGUCCAUUUUCACACUGGAAGUGUUUUAUUAUAAAAUUCCAUUAAUACGCUUAAAAUUGAAUUAGUGGAAUCAGUGAAAUCUUAAGAGUAGAUUGGUUAUUUUUCAUAUAGAAAUAAGUUUAGAAUUAUAAAAAUAGAGCUGGGCUAAGUUAAAUACAUUCUCCAGAAGUAUGUACACCAUACUCCAACUUGAGCCCUUGUAAGCAUGUUGUUAUUAAACAAUUAUUUUACAACGUUAAAUACCAUUUCUGCAGUAUAAGCUCUACCUUGGAUAUUUUAUGAGUAAAAUGUAGCUGUUUUCAAUGUCAAUUAAUUUAUCAGUAUAUGCAAAGGUUGAGUCAUUACUGAAUUCAUACGUGUAUGUCGGGUUUUUUCCCCACUCUUUUCAAAUGCCAACCCAUAUUAUAAAAUACCUCAAAACUAAUUAGUUCUGUUCUUAACAAUUGUCAGUGGUCAGAAAGUUCACAUA